CGCAAGUUUAGUAUCUACGUCAUUACGUCAAAUCAUCUGAGAGGAGAGCAACAACAUAGGUGAAAACGUGGAGCAGUGUUUUGCAUGAAGUGAUGAAGCCAGAUGCCAACGCAGUGGAAUCUGAACCCGGCAGAGUACAGCCAGCGCGUGCUGUGGUCGUGGAGCGGAUAAAUGCCAUCGCGUGAAGCGCUAACCCCCACGAAGAGAACUCCAUGUCUUUCUUGGACUGCUCCUGCAUCUCCCCCACUCAGGUCCAGCCAAUCAGCAUAGAGGACCAGUAUGAGGACGUCAGCCACCAAUACCUGAGCUCCGACGUCUCAGAAUGCACUUUCACCUGGGGUGGUGCAGGCAGUGAUGACAUCACAGCGCUCUCUGCUAACUCCGCCCACUACCAGCUGCUGUCAGAGCUGGGGAAAGGCUUCAACAACCUGAGCCAGGUGUGCAUGGCGCGCCACACCCCCUCCCGCCAGCUGGUGGCAGUCAAGAACACCAACCUGGAUGAGUGUACUGAGGAUGAGCUGCUACAGUUGAUGAACGAGGUUCUUCUCUCCAGGCUUUUCCGCCACCCCAACCUGCUGACCUCUCGCCUGGUCUUCAGCUCCUGCUGCCAGCUCUGGGUCCUCACACCACUCAUGGGCUACGGUUCGGCAGAUAGCCUGCUGAGGACCUUCUUCCCUGACGGGAUGAGUGAGUCCCUGAUCGCUUACCUCCUCCACGGAGUCCUGAAGGCUCUGCAAUACCUGCACCUCAUGGGCUACGUGCACAGGGGAGUGAAGGCCAGUCACAUCCUGCUGUCUGGGGAGGGCCGUGUCUACCUCUCAGGGCUGCACAGUGUUUACAGUAUGAUGCGGGAUGGGAAGAAGGUGAGGACUGUGUACGACAUGCCCCACCACAGCCCCGCCCUGCUACCCUGGCUCAGCCCAGAGCUGCUACGACAGGACCUGCAUGGCUAUGGGGUGAAGUCAGACAUCUACAGUCUGGGGAUAGUAGUCUGUGAGCUGGUCAGUGGCAGGGUGCCUUUCCAGGACAUGCCCCCUACACAGAUGCUCCUCCAGAAGCUGCGUGGGUCCCACUGCUGCCUGCUGGACGUGGCCCCCUCCCCUCGGGGAGCUGAGGGGCUGAAGGUGUCCCGCUCCGGGGUGGACUCUGGCAUCGAGAGUGUUGCCACGGGCAGCCUGACAGGCACCGCCACCGCCGAGAGACCUCAGAGCCCCGCCCCCAAGAACCACUCGGUCACCCUGCACAACCUGGUCCAGCUGUGUCUGCAACAGCAGCCCGACUGCAGACCCUCUGCUUCUACACUGUUGACCCAUGCCUUCUUCAAACAGGUGAAAAGGCAUCAUACCCGGGACUCCUUCCUCAGUCUCAUGUACCCCGCGGUGCCCCUUGGAGUUUCCAGCCCCGAUGACCCCCUGUGCCCUGCUCCCCUACCCCGUCCUGCCACCCCCACCUCCGCCAUCGCUCACUCCACAGAGGAGGUGUGGGACUUCUCCUAA